CCUAACUUUAACUGAGAAAUUGAAAACACAUAAUAGAUUUGUUAAUUUGAUAAGUACUUGAAAAGAAUAAUAGAUAAUUGUUGUAACUAAAUUUGUACAUAAUAAAUAUUCUUAAGAAUUUUGUUUUAUUUUAAAUGAUAAAAUGUCAAAUACAAAAGAAUUUUUUCUUUCGGUUACACAACGUAUUUUUAGUAACUGGACUGCAUUAAAAAUGGCAGUGGAACAUGGAAUGGGUAUAAAGGAAAGAGCAAUAGAUUUCUGUCCAUAUAUGACAGAGGUUAUGUAUAUGAAUGAGAAUUUGAAUACCAAUGAAAUUGCUAAUGAAUUGGAAGAUUACAUGGAUGAGCAUUUUAACACAGAACUUCAAGAUAACAGUGCAAUGCAAGUAGCAGAAGAAUUGUUAAGAUUUUAUCGUUAUUGUAUUGAAAAUAAUGAAAAUUUAGCAAUGACAGAACUUGAAAAGUUACCACCAUUACAAUCAUGGAUUAUAACAAAUGAAUCUAUAAAAAAAAUUCAAAAUUCUUGUACUAUAGAAAAUGAUAGUUCUGAAAAUGAAGAAGAAACAUCUGUUUGUAUGAAAGUUGCAAAUGAAUGGACAGAAGUAAAAACUAGACGAAAAAGAUAACUAGUAUUUAAUAUUUUAAAAGGUAAAACCAUGGAACAGUGUCAUUUGAGAAGUUUAAGAUAAUUUUAUGCAGUGUUGCGUUAAGGCAUAUUCUUUAUCAGCAAAUAUAGUCUACCUAGCAAUACAUUGAAUAAAAUACAAAUUGUUUCAAUUUAAAAAAAAAAUGUCAAUACAUAAAAUAUAACAAUUUAGAUGGAUCAAUUUAGAAGAAAUAAGUUUAGCUGAUUUUUGAUUGAGAUAUCUUAUGAGUUUAAUUAAUAAAUAACGAAUGACUAAGUGUAAAAAAAUUCGUUGAUAUAAUUGAUUAAUAAGGAGAACGAUACUUAAAUGAAAUAUUAAGAAAACACAAAGGGUAGCGCCAGAGGAACCGUUGGCCUAAUAUAGGCCACUUCGUGGAACGAAAGCGACCAUCCUUGAUUCAACUAAUUAAGAGGGUCGCGAUGAUCUCACCUUAAGUGGAUUAAAUUGCACAAGGUUCAAGCCCCGAAACUUGAUCACCGUUAAUAUCAUUAUUCUACAAUGAGAUUUAUUAUGUUUUCAUAGUUCGAUCAAUUGCCUAUUGAAAACACAUGCUAUGGCGCGUGGAAGUUGAUUGAUCAUAAUUGCAAUUCGAGCAACAAUCACGAAUUUCAUUUGAAUCGAAUGAAUCAUUUGAGAUUAUUCAUGUGAGAUAUUUCAAUGUGAAAAACUUUAAAUCAAUGAAUAAUUUUUACAGAGAUUUAAAUUUCCUAUUACUCUAAUGAAGAUAUAUCCUUGUCACAAUUUGCAUUGUGGCAAUUAACUUCUCAGUAUAAAAUUACCAAUAAAGUACAUUUCAAUGUCAGUUAUUUAAAACGGACUGAAAACGGAACAUUUCAAUGUAUAAUGCAGAAUUAAGCGCAAAUUUAAAAUCCAAUGGAAACGAGGAUAUAUUUCCAAUAAAAAAACGUAAUAAUGUUCAAUUUACGGAAAUCUCAUCUAUUUUUUCUCUUCAACAAUUUUUUCAAUUGUAAACAAGAAAGAAACAAAAAACUUUAAUGAAACCAAAUAAAAAUAAAACCAAUAAAAAAUAUCAAAUCAAGUAAUUGUAUGGAAAAAAGCUAUGCAUAGUUUAUAUAAAGCAUAAAAAUAUACAUAAAAAAAAAAAAACAAAAAAAAAAGAAAAAUUAAUCUUAAACAACUCUAAGUUAAAAAUGUUUCUAAAAAAAAUAUUUUCUUCUAAAAAUAAUCUACUCACCGAUAAA